ACUUAUACCUUACACACCCAAGCUCACUCUCACUCUCACUCUCCACUUGCUGAGGGUGCAAGUCCCAACAAUGGCGACACUGUGAAAUGUGAGCGGAUAAAAAGGCAUAUAAAAUCGUUCCAACUAUUCGUUUCCCGAUUGAACCACAUACAGCUUGAAACAUGGGAAGAUCUAGUGGAUAUUGCUUCAAAAUCAUUGCUUGUGGCGGCAGCUCUGAAUCUGUCGAUAGAGACGACCUUGAUGCUUCUACGGAGAAUAAAGUAAACCCCGAUAAAAGAGGAUGGAGCUUUCGGAAAAAAUCAUCAGGUCAUCGAGUGUUAAGCAACACUGUAAAUGUAAUAACAGAAAUACCUUCUUCUGAUGAUAAAAAGAGCUCAGAACCUGUUAUUAUCAACUCAGAAGAAAUCAUCAGUGAGAAAACUUCUACAAAUCAAUGGACAGAAACAGAAGAAUUUUCUAGGGUUUCAACUUCGAAUACCAAGGACAAUGUGGUGACCAAUUUGGUGACAAAACCUGCUGAUGAAGAUGAAAUUAAAUUUGACUCAAGUCCUGAUGAAUCAUCCAUCAUUAUCAUCCAAACUGCUGUUAGAAAAUUCUUGGCUGAAAGAGAAGUUUUGAGGCAUAAAAAAGUGGUGAAAUUGCAAGCUGUUGUUCGAGGGCAUUUGGUUCGUUGUCGUGCUGCUGGAACUUUGCGUUGCAUUCAAGCAAUUGUCAAAAUGCAAACUCUUGUUCGUUCUCGUCAUUCUAUUAAAAGAUUAUCUAUUGGAGAAAAGGGAAUAAAAGAUUCCAAUACAAAGCCACAUCCAACUUAUAUCUCCAUCGAGAAGCUUCUAAGUAACAAAUUCACAAACCAGCUAAUCCAAUCCACACCACAAACCAAACAAAUCAACAUCAAAUGUGAUCCAUCAAACCAAGAAGAAGAUCCCACAUGGAAAUGGCUACAAAGAUGGACAUCCUUUUCAUCCCCCGUUUCUUCCCCCGAAGUCAAACCUUUGACCACCGCCCCCACUCCACCCGUAUCCGAGGCUGAGCCGCCCAAACGUCCACCAAAAAGGGCGGCAACCGAACAAGCCGAUUUCGAUUCCGAAGGAAGAAAAUCCGUAUUCGGAUCAAGAAAAACAACCAAUCCAUCAUUCAUUGCCGCCCAGUCAAAGUUCAAAGAGUUGACCACGGAACCACCACCACCACCGGCGGCAGCGGCGGCCAAAACCACUGCACCGCCGGUUUACGAAAGCUUAAAAGCGGUUCGAACCGCCGGCUCAGAAUGCGGAACCGAACUCUCGGUCACCUCCAUGCUCGACUCACCCGAUCCAUCCGAAUCCGAAAACAUCGAAACCACCGAGUCAACUCACGAUCUUCUAGGCACCGAGUUGACUCACUCCAUCACAAUUCCACCCGAAACAAACAACCUCAUUACCAACCAAAUUACAAAAUCGCCCCUCGAACCGGAGUUACAACAAACACCUUCGAGUGAAAGAAAAUCAUCGAGUGAUAUUAAACCUAGAAAAGCAUCGAGCGAAAAAGAAAAACCGAAGAUGUGGUCGAAUAGCAAGAAACUAUUAUCUCCGAGGGGUAGUUUGGAGAAUUUACCGAAGGAGGGUAAAAGUGGAAAACGAAGGAAUUCUUUCGGGUCGCAAAGCUCGGAGAUUGAUAAUCAGGAAGCGAGAGAUAGUAGUUAUAGUAAUAGUAAUAGUAAUUAUAUACCGAGUUAUAUGCAAGUGACUGAGUCAGCAAGAGCAAAAGCUCUUAAUAGCUCUCCAAGGUUAAGUCCAGAUGUACAAGGGAAAGAGAAAGAUGCGUAUUUGAAAAAGAGACAUUCGAUGCCUGGUGCUGUGAAUAGUAGUAGGCAUGAUUCGCCUCGAUUGAAAAGGUCUUCACCUCAGAGUCAACAAGGUCAACAGACUACAAAGGGAAAUGAAAGCCGAGAGAGGAAAUGGCAGACUUAAAGUUCGAAAUGGGUUUGCAAGAUAUCUUUUUAUUUUAUUAUUAUUAUUCUUUUUUUUUGGGGUUUGUUUGUUUGUAAACUAAGUUACAUGUCAUUUUUGUUCUUGAUUGUUGGAAUAUAUUUGGUUUAUUUAUGGAUUUUUGACAUAAUAGAAUUUGAGAUUUUUGUGAUU